AAUUGAGUUGGCAUGGUCAGGGACUGUAGAGAUUGUGGACUCUCCUCAUAGACAGACCACUUGCCCUAGCUGCUUAAUUUGCGUGCGAGCUUAUAUUUUUUUGCUCUCACUGUUGAUGUGCCUGCCCUCCAUCGAUUAUGUAAAUGCGAAAAUUUCCAUUAAAUGCAUUGAAUUCCAUUACGAACGCAUCAUCAUCAUCAUCGUCUCGUAGUCGUCGAAGUCAUCGCAGUGAAUGAGGGAACGUUGUAAACCAGCCAACAGACUCCAACAGACAGACAGACAGAUUCAGAGGCUUGUUGUACUUACUGUAGUGGCGGAGAUCUCAGCUCUGGGCGCCCAUUGUCUUGCGGUCUUGCGAAUUUAUAGCUGAACAAAAACAAAAACAAAAACAAAAACAACAACAACAACAAGUAGUAGUAGUAGUGCUACUGCCCCGAACCGGGGCACAAUGAAGUCAUUUGCUGUGGAAUGUUCGGCGGUCGUCGAGGCAAGUGAAAAUGCCUGGCCCCGAAUAUCGUAAAUCGUUUACUGGCUGCUUGUCUGUUUCUCGGAGGUAUUUUCAUUAGCCAAACACAAAUUGAGGCAACACGACACGACGACACAUACACAAAAAACCGAAAGAAAAACACUUAACAUCAACACGAAAAAGACUAAGCAAGCAGCAAGGCUAAAAAACAAAACGAGGGGUAUAGGCCAAGUCGGACACAACAUAUGGCUCAGAUCAGCUCAAGCGGUCCGAGCUGCCCGUCACUCGCAGAGCGAGAAAAACCAACAGAAACUACUGUUUAAACAUCUCUGGAGCCGCGUUUGGAGCCAUGGAUUUGUAUUUUACCUGUUUAACCCUUUUUAUCCCCCCCCCAAUGCUGUUGGCCAAUGACCAAACAGAAGCUUAAAGGUAUUUAUCGUUGGCUGGCAUGGUGAGGAGGAGGUUUAUAAUUUGCGUAUGGCGGGCGCACUGCGUUUUGGGCCAUAAUUUGGUGAUGGCCUGUCGAGAGGAUGUGUGAAAAUCUCCAUGGCUGCCUGUGGCGUUUGGAAACUGCAGCUGCUGCGGCACACAAAUGUGCAUUCAAAUGGAUCUUUUGUUUGCCCGAUGCUUUCGGCUUUCACUGCUGACGCCGCUUUACAUUUGUAUUUGGCAACGCAUUUCACACUUUGAGUGGUGAAAAUCUCUCUGACGCACAACUCAAAAACUGGCAACUGUAACCGAAACCGAAAGUCAUUGAAUAAUCUGGAAAAUUUCGGAAAAUCUACAAAAUGUCCGGGAAAAGCAAAGAGUGUGAAUAUGAAUUAGAGAGACCCAGCAAGACCCUGAUUUUGAUCAUCUUCACCCUGGCAGUUUUCAUGAAGUUGUGCAUCAUUCUGGUGGAGAUUAUGGUCUGAAGGAAUUAC